AUGGGACACGGAUGGAAUAUUAGGGUUCCCGGCCGAGACGCGCAGAAAGAACUGCGACGUCCACCCGUUACAAAGGGCAUGGCCAUCAGCAUCAUCAUCAUCAUCAGCAGCAAGAUGGCGGCAUACGCCAGGUUGAAAAUCGAGCGCGCAGACUUAAACAACACCGAGAAAAUCCAUCUGUUACCGUGCGAAAUAAAGCACAGUGGCAAGGCAAAGGUAUCUAACUACUUUGAGACUAUGAUAGAAGACUCUAAAGAGUUUCCAAACACACUCAAGUCGUCUUUCCGAGGAAGACCGCUGUUGGGACGAGACGUCUCGGUGCCUGCAGACUACAAAGGCGUUGUCUUCAAGAAUCUGCCCACGGAAUCGGGAGAAACAAAGUCUUUCUACGCAAGGUGUGGAUUUGACAAGUUGACUUACUGGAAAUGGAGCCAUCCGCCUUCUGGAAACGACAAAGUGGUUCUCAUGCAGGACUGGUUCGCCGUUGCCAAAGCCCUACACGGCGAAGACUCCGACGAAGAGAGCUGA